CUGCAACCGUGAUGACACGCAGCUCGUAUCUCAACCUCCAUCGGGAGGGCAAAAAUAACCUUGGGCGUAAGGGGCCUCAACUUCGAGGAAAUUGUGUUGAUAAGAACUAAAUCCUUACUUCCUUAAUGCUCCUUCCCGCUCCCGCUUUUUAGCCUCUACCCGAAACAAUCCUUCGGAGGACGUCGAGCCCACAGUCAGCAGCAAUGAGCCUCAUCGACACUUAUCACGUCCAUUUGGGAUUCUGGACGAAUUGGGAUCACGGCAAGAUCGAGGGCGCGACGAUCACUCUCACGCGAAGGAAUGGAGGCCUCCUCAUCGCUUUUAUCGCCAUCUUUGUUGGGGCGGCUGGCAAGAGCUUCUGGAGACUCGCAUGCUUCCUACUCCACCGCACGCUCUCUUCUUCAAGCCCACAGAGCGGAACAUAUCAUCAACUCCAGGCGAUCCUGCGAAAUAGCGGAGCCGCUCAAGACGCGGCGUGGUCUCUUGCGCAGCUCAUUUGGGCGUGGCGAGUACCUGCGAGAUUUCGGAAGCCACUCCCUCGACUCGUCGGAAUCAUUGCGCUUGCGCUAUUUGUCUCUAUAUCCUUCGGCAUUGCUGGCGUCUUCUCGUCCCAGAUCACAACGGAUACCGCGAAUGAAGUCUUAUUGACUGGCGACAAUUGUGGACCACUCAGAGGCGGAGACGAUACGAACAACACUGCGUACGACUUACUCUUCGAACCACAUCAGCAUCAAAGAGUCACCGUCUAUUCGAACUACGCCCUCCAAUGCUACAAUGGGAAUCUCUCGACUAGUGCCGAUGACUGCCAGCCUUAUAUCCAAGCAAAAUUGAAGGCCACGGUUACCCGGAAUGCGAGCUGUCCGUUUGCCAAUGAGAUGUGCAAGUCUCAGACAGAUAACUUGAUCAUCGACUCUGGAUUCAUAGACAGCCACAAAGAUCUAGGGAUCAAUGCGCCAUCUGAGAACCGCUUCCAGUUGCGCAUGGUGCAUCAGUGUGCACCGCUUGUCACUGGGAGAUUCACCAAUAUCUCUACUGGAGAGAACACGACCGAACAAUUUCAGCGCUAUUGGUACGGCGCGCUUGACGACCGCGUGAACUUCACCCAGGAGGUGUCGUUGAACGAUACAAACUCUUAUGCAGAUCUCAAGAAUACCAGGCAGAGGGCGCAUGCUGAUUAUGGCAUCAACGUUCUGAAAGCAUACGGUGGUCCGCUGGAACUCUCCAAACAGUUCUCUAUGUUUGACCCAAUUCCACAGCUCCAGAGGAGAGACGCUGAUACAAUGUUGUUCUUCCUUACUGCGCACGGUAUCCUUUUCACCCGGGAGGUAAAUGACCCUUGGUUUGCAGCACAUCGAAAAGGUCCCCGAUUUGGAAAUAUCAGAAACGACGACUGGACCCAAACCUACCUACAAGAUGAGCCGGCGAGCGUGCUGGGAUGCACAAUGCAAUGGCAAUACUGCAACCCUAAUCUAUCUGAAGCAUCACGCUGUGAGCCACUCCGCGGGACAAUCGACGACAGUUAUCCAGUUACGGAUCUCUACAAGUCGCAGUCACAGAAGACAAUGCUUCAAUGGGCCAUUGACGUCAUUCGGUUGGAUUUUUUCUCGCUGUCUGGGAUCGUCGAAUCGCUGGGAGUAUCUUCCAUUACUGCACGACAAGGUCUGGGAAAUAAUAUUCAGGGGCCGUUGCCAGAUACUCAGUGGCAGUCAGAGGUCGAGCAUUGGGUCGGCGCGUCGCUGGCUUCACUCCAGGGCUCCUUCGUUGAAACAGCGAACGGACCUACGCCUCUUUACCAACAGUUUCGCCGAGCACCGAACAACACAGCCGAGCGCACGAUGUGCAGUAAUCAGAAAAUCGUGACUACUAAAUACUCUUCCUUCUCUGUUCUCGGCGCGGGGCUCAUCCUUGUUAUUGGCGGCAUUUUCAUCUUGCUCGACCUCACACUCGAAUACAUCGUCGACUACAUCCAAAUCCGCCGGAAUAAGAAACAUCCUAACCCCAGCGGUACUUACACGCGUCUCGAAUGGAACGCCAACACAACGCUCCAACUACAGCGCCUCGCGCACGAACACGUCGGUUCGGGCACAUGGGCAAAUCGCUGGAACCAUCCCGUGACUAGUCCGGGAGAGAAACUCGCCAUGAUUGAUAUCAGUGACGAGGAGCGUACACUCUUCAUCGCACCUCAGAACUGGGGAGAAAAGCCCACGGAUGGGAAGCCUUCUACAGCUGGCUCAGAUACUGCAUCCUGGGUGUCUCAGGGGCGGAAAGUGAGGAAGAUGGAUACUUUUGACUCGAUUGAGGAUGUGAAGAUGAAGAGGCCUGAUACCUUUGCUCCGACUGAAAGGAAAGUCAAGCGCAUUGAUACUACGACUACGCUUGUCAACGAGAUCACGAUCGAUGAUGACGCGAUCGAACAGGACACGCCGUCUACGGCACGAGCGAGACAUUCGGAUGAGAUUGCUCGUGCACGUUAGGGCAUUGGUACAUUUCUUGUAGUCUUCCUUUUCUUGUACAAUAUUUGAUCUUCGGGACCUCUGAGCGGGAACAUAGUCGCAAAACAUAGAGGGAAUCUUACGCCGUAGACAUGCGAGAGUUCUUCUACUCCGUCCAUCGGCCGCUCCUUCUACUAUAUCUACACCAGCGUCCUCCCUUGGAAGACCGCAUUCUCUUUCAUAAGCCUGAUCCUGACCCCGAACACCCCAGUCUGCGGAGAUUACCCCCUCGCUCCCGAUGUGCUGGAGUCACUCCUCUCAUCGCACAGAGAUGACUAAUCAAGCCCUUCUGACGGGCUCAUGUCCACGGGUGGAACGCACCACGAAUUUGGCCAUCGAAUCGUAGCCUGGUUAGUGCAUCCCGGAGAUUUGGAAAUGUUCUGGCAUCACGUCCUCCUCCAACGGCUCCUUCCCUUGCAAUCUUAUCAGCUCACCGCGAGAUAGGACUAGC